AUGAUUGGGUCAUGGAAGAUCGGUCGAGUCAUCGGUAAAGGAAGUUCAGAAGGACGCGUCCGCAUUGCGCGACAUUCGCGGACAGGGCAGUACGCGGCGGUGAAGAUCGUCUCUAAGACUUCGAUUCUCGAGUCGCGGAUGUCCCUGGAAAACCUAGAAAAUGACGCAGAACGGAUACUACUUGCUAUUGAACGGGAAAUAGUUAUCAUGAAGCUGAUCGACCACCCCAACAUACUGCGGCUCUACGAUGUCUGGGAAACAUCCAACGAAUUGUAUCUGAUCCUGGAAUACGUCGAAGGAGGCGAACUGUUUGAAUAUCUUUGCGACAAAGGCAAAAUGUCUACUUCAGAGGCUCUAGACUAUUUCCAGCAGGUCAUCUCUGCGGUCGACUACUGUCAUCGAUUCAACAUCGCUCAUCGAGACCUCAAGCCCGAAAAUCUGCUGCUUGACAAGGACAAAAGGAUCAAGGUAGCUGACUUUGGCAUGGCCGCUUGGCAGAGUAGCGGAGCUCAAGGCCUGCUCCAGACUGCUUGCGGUAGCCCUCACUACGCAGCCCCGGAAGUUAUCAUGGGCAAAUCCUAUAACGGGUUUGCUUCGGACAUCUGGUCUUGUGGCGUCAUUCUCUAUGCUUUGCUUGCUGGCAGACUCCCUUUUGAUGACGACGACCUUGGUACUCUUCUUGCGAAAGUCAAGAUUGGUAAAUUCACGAUGCCUGGUUCUUUCGAUCCCCUGGCGAAGGACGUCAUCUCGAGAAUGCUAGAGAAGGACCCUGCGAAGCGCAUCACCAUGGCGCAGAUUCUCGAACAUCCCUUCUAUAAACUCGUGGAACCGAGGGCUACUAGGUUCGACAUACAAAGCAUAGAACAUAUGUCUUCACCCAUAGGUAACGCAGACGACGUCGACCCUGAUAUACUUGCGAACCUACGCACACUCUGGAAUGACAUCCCUGAGGAUGAAAUUAUCCGACACCUGACCUCACAAGACGCUACCUGGGAGAAAGGCGUGUAUCACCUUCUU